ACUUCACUAAGCAAGCCACGGGCGCCAGUUGCUGUCGGCCGACGAUGACGCGAACGCGUCUCUGCGGUUCCGUCUUCCUCCUUCGUGCUCGCAUCGGAAUCUCCAGCGAGCCCUCCCAUCCCUUCCUCCGCCUUGCUCACCCUCCUCCUUGUCCCGAUUCCUGGUUUCGGGUUCCGAGGUCCUGUUCUUCGACCCCCGAGCCCGGUUUGGACGACCCGACCCGGCUCUUGAAUUACGUGAGGAGGAGCUGCAGGGCUGGCGGCGGAGGGUUGAGGACCGCCGAUGACGCCGUGGCCUGCUUCGAUAGGAUGGUAAAGAUGAACCCUUUGCCCCCCGCUAUGGAUUUCAAUCUGCUGUUGGGUGCUGUGGUGAGGAUGAAGCAGUACUCGACCGCGAUCGGGUUGAUCGGGCGGCUGCAUUCGCUGGGGAUUGAAGAUGAUCUUGUUUUGCUGACCAUUUCCUUGAAUUGCUUUUGUCGGUCGAAGCGGGUUGAUUUGGGUUUGUCCUGCUUGGGUAGAAUCUUGAAGCUCAAUUUUGAAAUCAAUGUGGUGACAUUGAGCACCCUAAUGGACGGUCUUUUAAUUAAUGGCAGAAUUGAUCAAGCACUGAGGUUGCUCGAUUAUAUGCGACGAGAAGGCCCCCAGCCUAAUGAGACCACGUAUGCAAUCACUGUGAAGGGUUUAUGUAGGGCAGGUGGCACCAGGUUGGCGAUGGAAUUGCUAAGAGAAUGGGAAGAGAGAAGCUGCAGGGUCAAUUCCUUCGCGUACAACAUAGUAAUUGAUAGUCUUUGCAAGGAGGGAUUGAUCACAGAGGCCUUGAGACUCCACGAGAGUAUGAGUAGGAAAGGCAUCGAACCAGAUGUCGUUACUUAUACCUCCUUGAUCCACGGUCUGUGCAAUGUAGGCCGGAUGGAAGAUGCUCUCGUAUUGUUGAAACAGAUGACGAGUAGAGGCAUCCAACCCGACAUAUUCACUUAUAACUCGUUGGUUCAUUGUUUAAGCAACCUAGGCCAAUGGAAAGAUGCGACGGUAUUGUUGGAGGUGAUGACGAAGGCGGGCAUUGUGCCGGACAUUGUUACUCAUAACUCCGUCAUUCAAGGUGUGUGCACUUCUGGCCAUUCGAUAGAGGCUUGGAGAUUGCUCGAUCAUAUGCUGCGAGGCGGAGUAAUGCCGAAUGUUCGAACCUUCACUGUUUUGGUGGAUGCACAUUGUAAAGAGGGAAUGCUUACCGAGGCAGAGUCCAUGAUCAAUCAGAUGAUUCGAUUAGGUAAAAUGCCUAAUAAUUUCACUUAUAGUACAUUGAUGAAUGGCUAUUGCUUGCAAAAUAGGAUGAACGAUGCUAGGAGAGUACUUACUUUGAUGGUUGAAAUGGGCAGCUCCCCCGAUAUUGUUUGUUAUAACACACUGCUCAACGGAUACUGCAGAGCAAAAAGAGUAGACGAGUCUAUACUACUUUUCCAGGAGAUGCUUCAAAGGGGCUUGAUUCCUGAUGUAAUCACAUAUAACACUCUCAUAAAAGGAUAUUGUCAAGUUGGGAACCUUCAAGCCGCGGAAGAGCUGCUUAACGAGAUGCCAUCUCGUCAUCUAUGUUUAGAUUGUUAUACCUUUAAUACUCUUUUGGAUGGCAUGUGUAAAAUACAACAGAUUGACAAGGCCAUGACGUCGCUUCGACGUAUGGAAGAUUUGAAAUUAGUUCCAAACAUUGUGACUUACAGUAUUCUAAUAAAUGGCCUGUGCAAUGCUGGAAAGCUCAAAGAUGCAAUGGAACUAUUUAAUUCUUUGCAUGCUCGAGGCUUGCAACCUGACGUCUGGACAUACUCGAUUAUUAUGAGUGGAUUGUGCAAAGAAGGACGCACUAAGGAAGCAUAUCAACUGCUGAAGGAGAUGGAGGGAAAUGGAUGCUCUCCAAAUGGUGUCACUUAUAAUACAAUAAUCCAGGGACUUCUAAAAAACAAUGAAAAUGUGAGGGCUGAACAACUUAUCAGUGAAAUGGUUGGAAUGGGUUUUUCUGCAGAUUUAUCAACGAUGGAGUUGUGGGUUCAGUAUCUCACCAUGAACAGAGUUUCUUCCUUUUCUGGUUAAA